AUGGGGUCGACUGCACUCAAGGAAGCUCCAUGGACAGCUCAGUCCGUUAUCGCCACACUCCCACACCCACUCGCAGAGAACACCUCCAGCCCCGUUCCCUUCUUCCAUCUUCUUGAGCGCCUAAAAUCCACAAAGCGCGAAGGAUGGCGUCGAUUCGGCAUCACCAACGGUGAAUCGAUAUCCGACCACAUGUAUCGCAUGUCCAUUAUGACCAUGUGUGCCCCGCCUGCGCUCGCGGCCAAACUCGACAUCCCACGCUGCACGAAAAUGGCACUGAUACAUGACAUGGCCGAGUCUAUAGCUGGCGACAUCACCCCAGCCGAUACCCAUAUACCAAAGGCAGAAAAGGCCAGGCGAGAGGCGGAGGUUAUCGAAUAUAUUGGCAAGUCCCUUCUGGGCGCUGUGCCCGGCCUUGCAGCCCAGGAUAUCCAAGAUAUAUUCCAAGAGUACGAGGAUGACAAUACGCCGGAGGCCCAAUUCGUCCACGACAUUGACAAGAUGGAGCUGUUGCUACAGGCGGUGGAGUAUGAACGGGCCCACGCAGGCAAGCUGGAUUUGUCGGAAUUCUUCCAUGUGUUGAAGGGCAUCAAGCUUCCUGAGGUUAAGGAGUGGGCAGCUGCGGUAAUGGAGGAAAGAGAAACGUUUUGGGCGGGAAAGUUGCCGGGCCGGAAAUGA